CGCAACGCACGCGCGCUAUAUUGGGUCUAUCCUCAUCAUCACUUCAUGCGGUCGUCUGAGAAUCCAAGGGGAGACGCGUGACAAACGUCGACCAACGUCGACCGUGCGAGAUUCGUUGCUGGCAUUCCACUUUCUCCACUACCUGGUCAGUGCGAAAUCCUGAGAUCUUAGAGGGAACAUAAAAUAUUAGCUAUGCCACGGCUACUAUGCACUGGCAGGCUUCGCAUUAAAGAUGGGAAUGUCUGGCUUGAGCGAUGGUUUGAACUUGAACCUUGUAAACUGAAAUACUAUAGACAUCAGAGAGGUCAAAAUGAGAAUGAUGCACCCGAAGCCAUAAUAGACAUCACGAAUGCCAGGGUCCAGGGGACAGAAGACCAAAAUCUUCAUAGAUUUGAAGUAACUGCUGAAGAAGUGACAUAUGAACUGGAGGCGGAUUCGGCAGAAGAGAGAGGGCUGUGGGUGGAAGCCUUAAAACAGGCCAUAGGUCCACGACGUAGUUCAGGAAUCGCGAUGAUAGUCGGAGGUGUCAUCGGCGCGAUAGGGGCUGUUGCUUUAGCCCCAGUCGCUCUAACAGUCGUGGGAUUUACCAGCGGCGGGAUAGCCGCCGGAUCCAUGGCCGCCUCAAUGAUGAGCAGUGCAGCGAUUGCAAAUGGCGGAGGUGUGGCGGCGGGCAGUCUCGUGGCGUUGCUUCAGUCGGCAGGUGCAGCUGGACUUGGAACGGCAGCAACCGGAGCUGUUGCGACUGUCGGAGGAGCAGCUGGAGCCGCAGUCGUUGGAGUGGGACAAAAAAUUGUUUAGGUAUUAAAACUCUUUGAGGCCACUAUUCAAAUAUAAUUGUCGUAAGGUGUUAACAGACAUGUUUGACUUUCAAGGUGAAAAACAACUAUAUCCAAAUCAAGACAAUCACAGUUGUAGUGUACCCUCUGCCAGGGUCACAGAUUGACUUUCACAUUAUUUUCACAGAUAUUCCUCUGGCUAAUUCAUGACACAGUUCUUAUUGCACAGAACGGUGCAUAUAAUAAGAUAGAGAAAUAAUUAUCUUUGAAUAUUUAAUGGAAAAUCAAUAAUGCCCCGGUAGAGGGUAACAUUAGCCAACCUUUCCAAAGCAGUCAUUCAAAACUAAUUCACAUAACAUUUAAACAGUAACUAUAUUAAUAUAAAGGAAUGGUAAUUUACGAAAAUGAAUUAAAUUUGGAUUCAGCGAUUUUUCAAUCGUUACUUAUUGGUUUCUUAUGUUGUAAGGAGUUAAGCCAGUUUUGAUUGUUUAAAUUCUAAUAAAAACGAUUAAAAUUGAA